AUGAGGAUUGCUCCAGGGUUUGUACCGUCGGACGAAGAGCUGAUUAAUUGCUACCUGUUGAAAGUAUCAAUGGGGAUUCCACUGCCAUGGAAUCUGAUGUCGGAAAAAGAGAUUUACGGCGAAACAACAGAUCCAUGGGAAGUUCUUCAAGACGUUCAUUGGGAAGAUUUUCAUUCCGAAACGAAAUUCAAGCACGUCACGUACGUUCUUACCAAGUUAUUACGAGUUAAUGGUAUGACUCGUAUCGCCAGAAGAACAAAAUCGGGUACUUGGAAGGGACAAACGAGUGGCAAAGAAAUUUACGAUGAGUCAUCGGGAAAUUUAAUCGGCUUGUCCAAGAUGUUCACUUUUUACAAGAAUAAACCUAAAGGCCGGAGCGGCGAAGAAGAAGAAGAACACGAAUCACUAGGAUGUUUCCAAAGGAAAACUAAAAGGAAAAGACAAAGAAGCAGCCGAAGAUUAGCAGAAGACAAAGGAAUCGAAGAAGAUCGUGAUGCGUGUGAUGCGUUUUCCAAGAUGCAGAAGAUUGAUUUGGAUAAUAUAGAGUUCGAUUUCGAUAUCGAUAUCCAUAUCGAUGACAUUUCGUUGAAAUAUUUCGGAUGGAGUUAG